GAGAGAAUGUGUAGCCGUGGCCGACUUGAACGUGGGGCUCUAGUCGCUGCGGACCUCCUUGAACACUUGACGAAGUACUUUAGCCUUGUUACUUAGUCAGGCCGCCUUGCCUUUGGUGCCUUCGGUCUAGAUAUUUGCCGCCAUCAUUCUCUGUUAACCAUCUCAGUCUCGGGUCUCACGCUACGCACCAAAGAAGAAUCGAGUACAUAUCUCUCUCCCGCUCUCACUCUCUCGCACGUGCACCUACCAUCUGCGGCUGGCAUUUGGCAACAAAUAAUACUCGGAACAUGGCCGGCUAUGGCAACUGAACAACCUGAGAGCAACAAAGAAGAUCGCAUUCGGUCAACUGCGAUACGUCACGCCAGGGAUAUCGAGGAGCGAAAGAAAUUACAGGCGCGCAUAGCCGACCUUGUAGUCGAAGCGUUUGACUUGCCAUCCAGACCCGACGCCGAUCCAGCAAGGCCACAACCGUCCGAUGCUUCCCUCUUCAAACAUUGUCUGAGCCUCUUUCAGACCUCAGAUUUGGAUGAUCUCAUCUACGAGCGAAACGUAGAUAACCGAUGUGGCUAUGCCCUUUGCCCAAGACCAAAUCUGAAGCUCGCGCAUGGUGGUCAGAAAGUGUGGAAUCAGAAGGGCGGCAAGGACUUCAAACUCGUCGAUAGGACAGAGCUGGAAAGAUGGUGUUCACCAGCCUGUCAAGAGAAAGCUGCUUUUGUGCGCGCUCAGCUUGGGACGGAGCCCGCGUGGCUUCGAACCAGUCAGGCUGUAGACAUCAGGCUGCUUGAUGAAGUUGAUUCCGAGGGUCUUGCCGACCCUUUCAAGCAACUCUCCCUCGCGGAAGCGUCUGACGCAGAAAUGGCCGAAAAGAUGCAGGCUCUCGCGCUUGAACGUGGGGAGCUGAAUGUCAAAGCUGACGACGACACUGUUGAUCUUGUUGAGAGGACAAGCGAGGCGAUACCGAGUGCUCCAACGUUGAAAGGACACCAACCGCAGAAUGGCAUUGAAGGACAUCAACCACGAAAGGUCCGCUUCUCGCAGAGAUGAUCGGUCCCGACGCCGUCGCCUCUAACAAAACACCGAAUACUCAACUCCAUUUCCAGCGCGCGGCGAAGAUCGAUCCUAAUCAAGCGGAUGACGUCGCAAGAGAUACCAUCAAACUCCCAGGCUCUUUUGCCGUCUUUUCCCUAGGCAUAGCUUCUUUGUCUCAGAGAGGGAGCUCCGGGAUCCACAGGUGGGGGGCACCGCGAAACGGCGCUGCGAACAAAACACGAGGACGACGUAACCUCGAGCAGUCUUGAGGGCAUCUGAAGGAUGGAUAUGGUCAGACGAGAAAGGAACAUAUCCGUAAAAGUCAUGGCUGCGCUGUCUGGCGGAAGCCAAGUGGUCUUCAGGAUGCUGCACCAAGAUAUCUCAUCCUGUUUUCUUGAGAUUAUGGACCAAAUGCAAAAUAUGCUCUCUCAAGCGGUUGUCUCUGAUAUUCCCAUGCCAACCAAUCGCUUCUGGUUGUAGGUAACAGUCCCAUACUGUUGACUUUAUAGAUGCCCAAGCCGAGCAGCAGACACUGCAUCAGAAUAUACACCGCUUUGACGCCCAACAUCUGGGUACGAUUGCCGGCGCUCUCGAA